GACAUUUCUUUUUUUAUUUGACCUGUUCUGAGAGGUGCAAUGCACUUAUUAAGAUUAAACACUGCAAAAAGAUGCAGUUUUAAAUAAUCCUUGCAAUAAAAUAUAAUUGAUAAAAUACAUAAAAUACAGUGGAGGCAGAUGCUUGGACUCCAGAUCCCUUUUAAAGUCAGCAUGAAACGAAAGUUGUGAUAGAUUUUUUUUUUUUUUUUUUUAACAUGAUGUGCACAGCUAAAUCAUAUAUAUAUAUAUAUAUAUAUAUAUAAACUGUAAUAUUUCAUAAAAAAAGAAGAAUUGUCUAUUUUGACUUCAUGGUGAUUUUAAUGAUACAAAUGAAGGUUUAAGUAGAGGUGAGAAACAAUUCAAUUUUACAAUUCUCUUCAAUUCAAUUUAAAAUCGAUGUGUGCAAAUUCAAAAACAAUGAUUUGAUUCACAAUGAAAUUCAGUUUAAUGUUUUGAUUGUGUAUUUAAAAAUAUAUUUAGAGGAUUAUUAAAUUAACAACCCUCUAAAUACACUGUACACUGUUUUGACAGGUUUUGUCAGGCUAGUUUUAAUAUAUAUAUAUAUAUAUAUAUAUAUAUAUAUAUAUAUCACACAGAUUGUCUGUAUUUCUUGAUACAGUGCACUCUAAAGUUUAAAUGAAUAAAUAAGAAACCUCCUAUGUUGCAUUUCCAUAGACAACAAUGACAAUAUUUUGUCUUUUCUUCAGUGCUUAGGAUACAAACAAAUAUUGGUAUUAUGGUGGGAUCUCUCUGUCUAACACCAGUGAAAUAUUCAGCUUGUUAAAAGAUGCCAUAUGCAGUCUCCCACAGUGCUUAAGAAAGCUUUGAAAAUGGCACUCAAUUAGACAUGGUACAAUGUCACUAAUAUUAAUUUUAAUAGAUAAAUUCUUUACAUCCUGACUGCAUCAUUUCCCAGGUUUAUAGACCCUAGACAUGUGGAGAACUAGUAAAAUCACAGCUGUCAUGCAAGUCAACCACACAUGUGACUCAUUACUCUAAGUGAUUCAUGGGCAGCAUUAAAAAUAGUCACAGGGUGUGACAAUUUUACCUGCUCUUGUAACAGAAGUAAUGUAAGUGAUGAAACCCAAGAAGAAAAUAGCUUCAUAAACGAAGACAACUCCUCUAAUAUAUGAGACAGUCAAAGCUGAUUAAGAUGUUAUAUGUCUCCAUAUAACUUCAUAAACAUUUCCUGUCAUCUUUGUGUGUGAUGUGGAGUAGUGUUCUGUGACUUUGGCUCCGUUGACAGCUGUAAGUCAUCUUUGGAUAAACAAGGGGCUCUAUGGCGGCACCUCAAGUUCCCCUCAGGUUUCAUUUCCAUUCCGUCAAAUGUCGGCAUUUGACUUCUGAAAAUGGUGGUUUUUCACCCUCAGCACGCCCCCAAAAUGUGACAUCACAGUGACAUGGGACACCUCAGAUGUGGGAGUUACUGAACAGCAGGACCAUGACCUCCUCCAACUGUCGCCACUACAUAUAUAAGUGAUGCUUGACUCAGAUGCUUUAGUUUUGACACAAGGAUUUUUCAAGUAAAGUCAUGGGAAUUCUACAGGUCGAUGAGCUGGUUACAGACAUCACAAGUGGAAACAAAGAGCAGGACGAUGUGUCACAGAAAUAUCCUUCUGAACAAUGCAAGACUGUUGACCAUCAUCUGAAAACCCAUAAUAAUCUUCAGUGUGACAGUGAAGAUGGUUUUAAUACUGACAACAGCACAAAUGACCUCCAGGAGAUUCUAGAAGGAAGUCAGAAGAUAAAAAGAAGUACAUCAGUCUACAAAACAGAGCCUGAACAAGAGAUAGUGAAUGAUUUUGUUGAUGAGGAUGACUUCCUGAAGGCAGCGCUGGACAACAAAUUGCCAAUGAUCAAGAGUUACCUCGCCAGAGGUGCGGACCCAGAUGCAUGUGAUAAUUUCAACCGUACAGCUCUACACAGAGCUUGCUCACAAGGAAACGUGGAGAUUGUGAAUGCGCUUCUAGAGGCUGGAGCUUCAAUUGAAAAUAAGGACAAGCUUCAAGCAACUGAAGUUCACUGGGCUUGUCGUGGUGGCAGUUUGCCUGUGCUGGAAGCGCUACUUAAUCACGGGGCAAAACUGGAUUCCAGAGACAAGCUUCACAGCACUCCCCUUCAUGUGGCAGUCAGGACAGGACACUACGAAUGUGCUGAACAUCUCAUACACUGCGGCACAGACGUCAACGCAAAAGACAUAGAGGGUGACACACCAAUGCAUGAUGCUGUCAGACUAAAUCGCUUCAAACUUAUCCAGCUUCUUCUGAUGCACGGAGGAGACUUAAAACUCAAGAAUUGUGAGGGAAAGUCACCAAUGGACAGUGUUUGUGAGUGGCAGAAUGGAGCUAAAACCAUCUUUGACAACUUUAAGGAUGGUAAAAAAUAGAAGCACAUCUUGACAGCUGCAAUGUUUUUGGGCAUAACAUGCUCAAAACCUGCAUUUUUAGAGAUUGCCUGUAUAUUAGAAUCUGAUCUAAGAAAGGUAUAUUAUAUAUUAAAAGUAUAGCUCUGCAUGACAUUAAAGCUUUUCAAAAGGAAAGGUUAUGUGAAACCUUUAUAAGAGUUUUGAAAAAUGAAGUAC